AUGUCAGUAACUUUACACACAGACCUUGGCGACUUGAAGAUUGAAGUAUUUUGUGAAGCAGUCCCAAAAACGGCAGAGAACUUUCUAGCUUUAUGCGCUAGUGGAUAUUACGACAACAACUUGUUCCACAGAAAUAUAAAAUCAUUUAUAGUGCAGACAGGUGAUCCUACGGGAACAGGAAAAGGUGGAAAUUCUAUAUGGGGGCGAAAAUUUGCUGAUGAGAUCAAGUCCUCAUUAAAGCAUAAUGCUCGAGGUAUCGUCUCAAUGGCCAACAGUGGUCCAGAUACUAAUGGUUCGCAAUUCUUCAUCACUUAUACAAAAUUGCCUCACUUGGACACUAAGUAUACAGUAUUUGGCAAAGUCAUCGAUGGCAUAGACACUACUUUGGAUGCCAUCGAGAAAGUUCCAGUUGACGAGAAAAAUCGUCCUAUACAGGAAAUACGAAUCAAAUCGGUGACUAUUCACGCUAACCCGUUGGCCGAAUGA